AUGGCGGCUGUCAUUGUAGAAGACCUAAGCAAAUCCCAAGAAGCCGCCCAAAACGCGUCAUCGAAGGAUAGAAAACUAGUAGAUCUGGCCAAUGACACGACCAAUGUACAUAACAAACAGCCCCUGACAGCCGAUCAUGGAGAGCGUAUCAGAAAUACUAAUCAAUGGCUUCUACCUGUGGAUGAGGAUAACUCGAGGCUAUCACUCCAGGAGGAUCAGAUCAUCCAUCGCUUCGACUGUGAGCGGGUCCCUGAAAGAGUGUUGUAUGCUCGUGGCACUGGAGCGUUCGGAAACUUCCAACUGCUGGAGGGCGCUGAAGAUGUCACCUAUGCGGGCGUCUUGACCGACACUUCCAGGAACACGCCGGUGUUCGUUCGUUUCUCCACAGUUUAG